AUGGAGCUCCGCUGGAUUCUCCUCCUGUUAGCUGUUCUGGCGAUGUUCUGCCGAGCACUACAACUUCGUCUCACCCGCCUUCCCCUCCCGCCAGGCCCUCCUGCCCUCCCCAUUCUAGGAAACCUCCUGUCAAUGCCGAAGACACAUUCAUUCAGGCAGUUCCACGCUUGGAGGCAGCAGUAUGGUCCCAUAUUCCGCCUCAUCGCGGGUAAGGAUACUAUAAUCGUGCUCGGCGACCAUGCGACUGCCCAUGAGCUCUUGAACAAGCGCAGCGCCAACUAUUCGCACCGCCCGCGCAUGCCCAUGGCCUCGGAGCUACUAUACAAGGGCGACCACAUGCUCAUAAGGCCAUAUGAUGAGAAGUACCGCGCGCACAGGCGCAACCUAGGCCAGCUCUUCACGCGCAACGCCAGCCGCACCGUCACGCCUCUCGUAUACAUGGAGAGUCUCGCCUCACUGCGCCAGUUGCUUAGCUUUGUCGAGGGCAGCCAGGACGCACGGCGAGCCGCCCGUGCAUAUGUAAGGCACGUUCAUGACGAACGACCGAUCUUCGAUGGGUACUGUGCCAUCGUAAUGGCUCUUCACCGCUUUACGGCCUCCAUGUCUUAUAUGCUCACCUACGGCUUCCGUAUCGAGACAGGAGAGGAGCCCAUAUUGAAGAACGGGCAUAUCAUCGAGGAUCGCUUCGUGCGCGCCAUGAAGCCCGGCGUGUGGCCCUGCGACAUUUUCCCUGCUCUGAAUUACCUCCCCUCAUGGCUCGCGCCGUGGAAGCGAACCGCCGAAGAAUGGUACCAGUUCGAGCGGGCGCACCACCUGGAAAGCAACCUCAGGGGUCGCAACAGCCGCGUGUGGAAUUGGACCAAGGCACUGACGGGCAGCAAGGAGGGCCAGAAACUCAAUCCGGAGUCGCUGGCGUACGACUCUGCGAUCCUCAACCUGGCGGCGCUGGAUACGACGACGCAGACGCUCGAGAUGGUUGUUAUGGCGGCACUCGCGAACCCGGAAAAGAUUCGUAUUGCGCAGGCGGAGUUGGACCGCGUUGUCGGUCGUGCGCGCCUGCCUUCAUCCGAGGAUGAGGGAGACCUCCCCUACGUGUGCGCCGUCAUCCAGGAGGUGAUGCGGUGGCGCCCCAUUAUCAUCGCCGGCGUACCGCACGCUAAUCUGCGCGAGGACGUCUACGAGGGCUACCGUAUUCCAAAGGAGUCCAUCAUAAUUCCUUGUAACUGGUCCAUUCACAUGGAUGAGACCGUGUACAAAGACCCGCAGAUCUUCCACCCAGAACGCUGGCUCGAGGAUCCAAGCCUCCCUGAGCCCGUAGUGUUUGGCUAUGGCCGGCGCGUAUGUUUAGGCGAGCAGAUUGCGCGUGGUGCCCUGUUCUGCAUGGUGUCGCGGCUGCUGUGGGCGUUUGAUUUCAGGAGGCACCUGGACGAGGCCGGCGGCGAGAUCGCGGUGGACACUAUGGAUAUAUCGGACUAUUUCAUUGUGAGGCCCAAUCCGUUCCCUGUUAGUAUCACCUGCAGGCACGAGUCUGUGCGCAAGCUUGUGGAUAAUGCAUGGGACGAGGUUGAAAAGGAUCCUGAUACCAUUAUGGAGGAGAUGGGCAGUAUAGACUACUUCGAUCACUGGAGGCGCAAUAUCCAAUGGAUCGAUGCUGAGCGCGAGCUGGAAUACACUGGAUUCCCUAUCCCGUAUCGGCCCUCUCGCGUGGAAGAUCCUGCUCUAAGAGAUUCGAAUACUACGAUUCCGGACCGUCGAUAUAGACCCUUCAGACAGGUCAGGAGGCGAGACGAUGGCGCAGGGCGCACAGUAGAACCUGUGUUAAGAAGCCAUAUUGAGGGUCUGGGGCUCAGAAUGGUCAAGAUCCUUGGGGCUGGGUCGCAGGGUCUAGCCGUGUUGUUUGAGUCCACAGAGUCCACAGCCGACCAGCCGCCGCGUAAGAUUGUUUUCAAAUGGAGCGGCGAAAUAUGGUCGACAAUGAUUGAGAUGUGGUGUAUGAGGCAAAUGGUAGGAGCACGGCAUAUUGUUCAGAGGCUUGCUAUUAGGAUAUCCGAGCGUAACGUUUUACUAAAGGACUCAGAAAUGUGGAGGAUAUUUUACUGUCUCUUUAGAGCAUGUGUUGCUCUGGCGUACCCGGGUCGAUGGGACAAGGGUCUUGACCCUGCAAAAGAAGUCGUCAAAACACAGGAAGAGUUCAUACCCAUGCAAGGAGGCCAACCUGUCAGGACAGACCUUGGUCUAAUAGACUUCGAUAUAAAUGACCGCAAUGUUAUGAUCGGCGAAGACGAGUCGGUUCUUGCCCCAGGAGAGCACCCGCACGAUGUAGUGCCAAUAUUUAAGAUUGGCGAUCUGGGAAACGUUGGCGCUUUCAGAGAGCCGCGGCACCGUGAGGGUUUAUUGUCGCCGGCCGCUUGGCGAGUGGCUGGGAAUCCAUGGUUCACAGUUGCCUGGGAAGGUGUGUCGGAUGCUGCGACGUUGGCCCAGGAUGACACGGCUGGAAAGUAUGACUGGUGGACAAAUUUAUGGCAGAUUGGACGGUUGAUGACCAUAAUUCUUACCCAAGACCUGCCCAUAGUUCCUCCAGACUGUGUGACGGCAAGUGUGACGGUAGGCGACGGUAGCAAAAAGGAUAUGCCGACUUAUAGUGUCCCUCUCCAGUCAAACAUAAACUUGGCACGCUAUGACCCGCUUCUCAUGGAUACAGUUUCCUGGUGCAUGGCUCAUAGACCUGGUGACCGGCCCACGAUGCUGCAAUUGGAGCAGAGGAUCAGGUCAGCUGUUGAUAGGGACUGGAGCACCGAGGCAUCUGCGGGUCGGGCCACGUUUAAGGAAUUAUUGAGCGAUCCGCCUGCGCCCAGGCCGUCGACUUAG